UGUUGAGUGUCCAAUGGCGAUACAGGAGACAGGUAUCACUAUUGCAUUGUCUGUUGAUUGUCCAAUAGCGAUACAGGAGACUGGUAUCAUCAUUGCGUUGAAGUUGGCGGUUGGGUGAAAUUUGGCUCCUUAAUUUCCGAAACUUUAGGAGUCUUUCUCUAGCAUCUAAAAUUGCAGGUAACUUAUAUCUCGAGUUUACAAAAUGGAUCCAAACAGGCCACCAAUGACAGGCCUUCCCUGGCGUGGGCGCGGUAUAGAAACCGGUGUAGGACGAACCAGAGGUUUUAUCACUCCUUUUGAUAACUCACAAAGUCAAAGACUCGGUAUCACCUCUGCUGGACGGGGGAGAGGGCUGCAGCCUGAUGAUGGAGGGCUUGGUCGAGCAAGAGGGUGGCUCUCUUCUGCAACAGAACCAACAGUAGGAGCAUCAAGAAGCACAAUCGUUCCUAGUAGAGAGCCACUCCAUGCAGAAACACCCACUCAUGCCAUGAUGGAGCAAGCCCUUACACAAGAAGACCUGGCUAGAAAAGAGGUUGAUUUCCCCACACAUGAUCAAGGCUCUACACUUGUGUCCAUGAUAAGAGGAAUUGGCUUAGAAGGCUCUAUGGCCUCAUGGGGAAGAGGAACAUUACCCAUAGGAAGAGGAGCAGCUGGUGAAAAGGAAGAGUUAAAGAAGCCAAGUGCUGCAGGUGUGGCUUCCAGUAGGCAAGAGAUCAGUGGCCACAUACAAGGAGUCAUGGGCAGAGGGCGCAGCUUUCUUGGCCAAGAAAUCCCCAAAAUGAUGGUGGGGCUCGGAAGAGCAGCAAUGCCCCCUCCGGGAACGGCACGAGGAUUUCCUUUAUUUCCUCCACCAUUACCCCACGAUAUCGGUUCUCGUACCUCUGAACCUGCCGUAUAUGUUCACCCUCAGAUUGCUGACGCAGCGUCCACUGCUGAAGACCUACUAGACCCUAUUGUACCAGAAAAGAAAGCAAUGGAAAUGGAAACGGAAACAGUCCGAAGUUUGAGGGUGCACGGCCUGGUGUGCGGCUCCUCCUCUGAUGCCGGCAACUUUCAAAAGCAUGAAUUCACCUUCUAG